CGUUGCACGUUUUCUGUGUUACAUGGACCCUCAGGCACCAUCCCUGGAAUUUGUCAGGGACAGGGAGAAGACUCAGCAGUUUUUCAGGGAGCUGACUGAUGCGGGGCUUUCAAAGCAGACUCAACUUAUCUACAUGAAAAACCUGAAAAGGCUGAUAGAAUUUGGUGUUUUCUUUUUCAUAUUAAAACUUGCACACACAAGAACUUAAAUGUGCUUGAAUACAUGUACAUACUUCUUACUUGUGCUUUCUAUACAGAUUCCUCACCUACCAGACGAUCAACACCAACCUAAGGCAUGAUGACAGGGAACUCCAUACAGACUGUAGGGAGUUCAUAGACUACCUUGGACUACUGCAGAAGAGCUGCAGUAAGAAAGUGAGCAAGGAGAUUACACAAAAAAGGCAUGAGAGGUUGACAACAGAUGCUGAACUGACAACGCAUGACUGCACAGCUGUGCUCAGGGCCGCCAAAGGAGACUUCCUGGCCAUCAAUCGGAAGCUGCUCUCAGUGAAACUGUUGACCACUGACGAGUGCUUGGAUUAUAUGUACUAUCUCCAGGCACUGGUCAUACUGAAGCACCUCCAACGACCAGGCGUGGUGAGGCACAUGACUGUUCCCGAGUGGCUGAACAAGAAGACCACUACGUCGGGAUACACAGUUGUGGGUGUCAAGGAGCACAAGACGAGUGCUCAACAAGUGGCCACAUUUGCCCUUUCUCAGGAGGAGAAUACUUGGUUUGAGCUGUACUACACAUGUGUGCGGCCACAACUCAAGUCCUGCAUCAGGAAGCGGAAAAGGGAAGAUAUGGAUGAGACUGAAGAGAGAUUCUUUAUCUCAUCCACGAGUGGAAGAAUAUACAAUCCCUCCAAUGACCUCCAACGGCUGCACAUAAAGUAUGGCAUCAAACCAUGGGUGAACAGCCAGAGUUCACGCCGGGCCUUCGAGACAGCCACCAAGAGUCUGACUGACAUAGAGAAGUCACUGGUGGCUGACUACCUGACACAUUCGACUGCUACAGCAGAGAAACAUUACCGCAUGAAGCAGGCGGACAACGCAGUGAGGGCUAGUCAGCUCCUGGAUUUUCUGGCUGGUCAGUCAAGCACUGAUCCUUCAGAAGGGGAAUCCAGCCGCGCUGCCCGUAGCAUUGCUCGCGGUGCUGCCCAGCAGAAAGCAGGCAUGACAGAUCUGCAAAUAGAUUUUGAGGCAGCGUACAGCCGGCUUGUCGAACAGCACCCGGUGACCCUGGAGGAUGAGCCGCCAGAUAAGACUCUGCGUGCUGAAAUCUCAGCUAGCUUUCAACGGAAGCUGUACGAGCGAUGGUUGAAGGCACAGAUGAAACUGCGCAAGCAGCAUAUUCACUCGCACUUUGGCCCUCGUCUACCCAGUGAGGAGGAGGUCAGCAAGUGGAUCUCUGGUCGGGGAUGGAGGAUCAACAUACCCAAGGCAGCCCAGUUCAUUAAAGAAUGGAAGCCCCCUGGAUCCGUGAACACAGCAAUGGAUGCUAUACAGAUCCGGACACUCACCAGGACCCAAAAGUGGAAAGGACUUCUUGUGACGGAAAUUGAAGGGAAGGGCAAGGGUGUCAUUGCAACGCGAAGUUUUCUGGCUGGUGAGGUGGUGUGUGACUACCACGGGCAGGUCGUCACAGCCUCAGAAGGACACAGCACUCACAGCACUGUGAGUGCGGAGGACGGUGUACGCAUGUUUUUUUUCGAAAACAUGAAUGGACAGUCUAUGUGCAUUGAUGCACAUUCGCCUUGCUGCGAGUGCCAUCCGAACCAACAGACUUUUGGGCGGCUGAUCAAUCACUCAAGGAAACGUUGUAAUCUGAGGCCCAGAGCAUACACACGUCAAAACGGGGAGGAAAAGAACACAAUUAUUUUCCUGGCCACAAGAGACAUUGGGGUCAAUGAAGAACUGUUUUUUUAUUAUGGUGAAGAAAGAAAAUCGUUUAUAGGAAAGGGUUUAGAUCUCCAUUGGGUGUAAAUGUGUGCAAAUACUCACCUGUAAAUAAAUUGUGUAUGUGCAUGAGUGUAUAAAUAAAAUGAUUUGAAAUGCAUUCUGUAUUUUACAAGUUGCAUUUCACAAGACGUUUUCCCUGUAAAGAUGUGCUCAAAGUUUAUCUUGGUCAUUCCAUGACUUUCACCCAUACAAGUUAUUAUCUGUCUGUAUCUUUCACAUAGCACACCUCAUUCCUUCUCUGACCAAUCCAGACCCAUCCCCAGCACAAGGGCCAAGUCAGUAGUUAUAUCAUACACUUUGUCAAACUGUCAAAGUGUUGUGUGUGUGUGUGAUAAUUUAUGACCCUCUGUGCUUCCCUGACUGACAGGUCUGUAGGGGUGGUGAGGGGGGUAACCCUAUGGAGUUUAUCAGCUGGUCAAUCUGGCUCCUUUGUGUCUGGGGGUGUUGUGGAGAGGUGUGUGUUGGGGGGAAUAGUCCCCCUCCCAAAAAACAGUGUUUAUGUUAAUGAGUUUGGUUUUUGGUGGGGUGAAAUACGUCUGAAAAGAAAUAAUGUUUUUAAUAUGGGGAUGUGUUUGUGUUACUUUGUGGCGUUAUUUCGUUUGUGUAAACAUACUGUUAGAAAAGCACAAUGUUUGAAUGUGUACAUAUGAGUAGAAUAUUUGUUUUGUGAAAUAAAUGAAAACGAUUGUUGACUAUGUUUUUAGGGAUCCCGGUUUACCUUUGAAUAAAAAGUUUAGGAGUUAAAGCGUCUUUUAAAAAAAAAAAAAAAAAAAAAAAAAAAAAAUCUGUUUAAAAUAAUUGUUUGUAUUACAUACAUUCUAAACACAAACCUUUAGGAUGUAAAAAUGGUUAAAAGAGCUGUUUAAAAAGAAUAGCGCAUAUUACAUGACUUCUAAACAAAGAUCCUUACGAGGUAAAAAUGUUAAAGUGCUGGUUAAAAGAUGUUUAAACUAGGAGAAGUUUUUUUCCAGAGAUGUCUUCCAGUC